AUGACCAGUGGAAGCUUCAGAAAAAAAAUUUCCUUUGUCCCUGUUUCUUCUCAUAGGGGGGAGUUUAUUGCAAAAGCCUUAGAGAGUUGUCUAUUAGAGUGGGAGAUUAGAAAUGUGUUCACUGUUAUAGUGGACAAUGUUUCUUCUAAUGAUACAGCUUUGGGAUUUUUUAAGAACAAGCUGUUAUCUUGGGGUUCUUCUUCUGUUAGGGUGCAGUACAUGCACAUGAGGUGCAUAGCCCAUAUCUUAAACUUAGUGGUACAAGAUGGUUUGAGGCUUGCAGAUGUGUAUGUGAAAAGGGUUAGGGAUGUAGUUAGAUGGGUUAGGAACUCACCUGCUAGGCUGAAAAAGUUUAGAGAUCUUGCUGAUCUCAUUGGGGUGGAAGCUAAAUCUGCUUUACAGCUAGAUGUCCCUACAAGAUCCUUAUUUUCUGCUGAUUUGUGUGAUUCUGUUCCCUCUUAUUUGGAUUGGUGUUCUAUGGAGAGCUUAGUGAAGCUCCUCAAAAAAUUUUACGAGAUGACAGUGAGAAUAUCUGGUUCUCUUUAUGUCACAUCUAACACAUUCUUCUCUGAGAUCUCUGAUCUUAGUUUCCUGCUGGAAGAUAUGGUUACAGGUGAUUCUGGGACUGAAAAGGUCAUCUGUUUACUACAAGCAAUGGGGACACAAAUGAAGCAGAAGUUUGAGAAAUACUGGGGGGGAUCUAGAAAAAAUGAACUUUGUCAUUUUUUUGCUAAUAUUCUGGACCCUAGGGAUAAGGAGGAUUCUACCCAGGCAGAACCAUCUACCCAGUUUGAGGCUACAAAUCCUACUAUUGGUAAGCCUCAAUCAAGGUGGUGGAAGGUAAAUAGUGAGAGAUUCUCUAUUCUCUCCAAAGUGGCUAGAGAUGUGCUUGCAGUUCCUAUUUCCAUAGUAGCCUCUGAAAGUGCAUUUUGUAUAAGUGGAAGGGUGCUUGAUGCAUUUAGGAGUUCCUUAAUUCCAAAAAUAGUGAAAGUCGUACUUCGUGCACAAGAUUGCUUGAGGUUACCAAAUCAGCCAAUCUUAGUAGAUGAGAACUUAGAUGAAGUGGAAAGAUUAGAGAAAGAGUUUUCAACUGGAGUUGCAUCUAAUAUACCAUUAAUGUUGCAUACAAUCCCUGUAAUCUAUGAUCAUGCUUUCACCCUUGGCUAUGCGUUUCGCGCACCAGCUGUGCGCCCAGUUGGCGCGUAA